CAAUCGCGUGGCACAUAGAGACAGAGAACAGUCGCCCUCACUCCAGUCAAUGCAUGUUUUGGGGAGAACAUUCAAACUCCAGACAGGCGGGACCAGGACCAGGAUUUGAACCCCGGUCUUUAGAACUGUGAGGCAGAUGCUCUAAUCAAUCGCGGCUCCGUGCUCCCUGGCCUGUAUAUUGUACAACUCGUUUGAAAAGGUGUAGAACUAAUGAAAAGUUUUAGUUAAGCAUUAUUAUAGAUCUUCCACUAACCCCAAAAUUACAGAAUGAACCUUAAAGACACUUUAACCUUUCCAGGAUGAAUUAAUUGGACCGCUUUAAUCUUUUAACAAGACAUGCCAUUGUAACUGAAUGGACCAACAAAUUACUCGGUUCUAUUAGAAUACAAACAUCAUCUUCAUCACGUUGUUGACAUUUUGAAAUAAUGAGAACAAGCCGCCAACCAACAAUCGAUCAACAGGCUUCUCGGCUCAUUUGCGAGGCUUCAAAUAAUAACAUUUUCUCCGAAUCUCGAGACUCGGGAGGGAGUGUCGACGACAGGCCGCGAAGAGAUGCGAGGAAAACUGGAGAAGUCACGGAAAGACGGAAAAGUGGACCUCGUUGCCAGUGUAUUAGUCAAUUCACGCAACCCUUCAUAGUUUUGAUUUGAAAUAUAUCAUUUUUUGAUACCAUCCUGGAACUUAUUCUAACAGCUUGUAUUCAACCAAUCAUAAUACAACAUUAACAGCUAAAAGUACAAUCUGUUUUUUGAAUUGCUCAUUUUGAACAUUUGAAAAAGUAACAGACAAGUUAAACAACAUUUGAAGUUAGUUUUUUUAAUGCUACCCACAUCUCUCCUUCCUUGCAAUCCCGUGGAAUAUUAAUAUACAAUCGCAAUAUUAAAAUAAUAUGUCCAAAAUACUAGUAUGCACGGGAACUUAUUCUAACACCUUGUAUUUAACCAAUCAUAAUACAACAUUAAUAGCUAAAAGUACAAUAUAUAUUUUUUGAAUUGCUCAUUUUCAACAUUUGAAAAAGUAACAAACAAAAUUUGAAGUCAUUUUUUUAAUGCUACCCACAUCUCUCCUUGCUUGCAAUCCCGUACAAUAUAAAUAUACAGUGGCAUUAAAAUAAUUAGUCCAAAAUACUAAUACGCAUGCAUCUUUAACAUCCUGUACACACUUGAUACAAAAUUGUAUCAGUAUUUUUUAUUUUGAUUAGAAAAGGGGGACAAAAGUGCUACAGCAAGCAAAACAAAAUCCAUCCAUUUUCUUUGUCGCUUAUCCUCACGAGAGUCCCGGGGACUGCUGGAGCCGAUCCCAGCUGUCAACGGGCAGGAGGCGGGGUACGCAACGGAACUGGUCACAUAGAGAUAAACAGUCACAAUCACACCUUGGGGCAAUUUAGAGUGUCCAAUUAAUGUUGCCUGUUUUUGGGACGUGGGAGAAAACCCACGCAGGAACGGGGAGAACAUCCAAACUCCACAAAGGCGGGGUCGGGAUUGAACCUAUGUGUCAUUCAUAUAAUUCAUGAAAUAUAAAUAUAUAUUGUGCAUUAAAAUACAGUACUUUUAGGCUUGGGAAAAGAGACGCAAGUAGUUCGGGGGACAACGUUCCAAGGGUGGAAGUUCCACACGAGGGCGCUGUUCAGUUUCGAUUGCCUUCAAAUGGUUCCGUCAAGGCGCUUGAAGAACGUUCCUCGACUCCGGCGGCCGUUUCCAUGCCAACCGAGCAGCUUCCGCGGACGCUCAAAUGUCAACAACUCACGAGGCCCAAGUUUAGCGGCCAACUCUCCUGAAGAGAUUUAGAAGCGAGUAAGUUGAAUAAAUUCGCUGUGCCGCGGGUCAAAAUUGAUCAAAGCUCGAAGCCAUUGGAAGAUUCCACUGGAACGUCUUGAUGACGCGUGUUUCUUUUGGGCUUUAUUGUCCCGUCUGGUUCACUUCCACCGAAGCUAGAAAGCGUCUUUAUCCGGGGGUUUGGAUCGGAGCAAAUAUGUUUUAUCAUUAUAAAUAGAAAAACAAAAAAGGCUGGUUUUGGAAGGGGGUGUGGAGGGGGUGCGCGGUCCAAACAAUUGACGUCACCAUGACCGAGGUUCGCAUCCGCGUGGCGGUUCGGUUGCGUCCCCUCCUGCCCAGGGAGCUGCUGCACGCCCACCGGGAGUGUCUGCGGGUGGUCCCCGGCGCCCCCCAGGUCGUCCUCGGCUCCGGCCAGCUCUUCUCCUUCGACCACGCCUUCGGGCCCAGCGCCAGCCAGGGCGAAGUGUACGAGUCGUGCGUGCGCCCGCUGACCAGAUCCCUGCUGGACGGAACCAACGCCACCGUCUUCUGCUACGGCCAGACGGGCUCCGGGAAGACCUACACGCUCGGUGGCAACAAGAUGGAUGCAGAUGGGGGCAUCAUCUCGUGCUUGGCCAGAGAUGUGUUCUCGCUGCUGGACAAGAGGCGCUGCGACGGUGCCGAGCUCACCGUCGGGGUCUCCUACCUGGAGCUUUACAAGGAGGAGCUGCGGGACCUGCUGGAGCUCGACACCUCCCACAAAGACCUUCAGAUCAGGGACGACUUCAGGGGGAACACAGUGGUGGUGGGGGCCAAGGAGGUGGCGGUCUCCUCCUGCGAGGAGCUCCUCAACGUCCUGGAGGUGGGCAACGCAUUACGCCAAACGGGUUCCACGCGGAUGAACGAGCACUCCAGCCGCUCGCACACCAUCCUCACGCUGUGGCUCCGCCAGAGCGCCGCCGCCCCCGCCGACGGGCCCGAGCGCCUCUCCAAGUUCUGCGUGGUGGACCUCGCCGGCUCGGAGCGCGCGGGCAAGACGGGCAACACCGGCGUCCGCUUCGAGGAGUCGGUGCACAUCAACACGGGUCUGCUGGCGCUGGGCAACGUCAUCAGGGCGUUGGCCCAUCCCGGGCGGCAGCGCAGCGCCUACAUUCCGUACCGCCACGCCAAGAUCACCCGGCUCCUCCGGGACUCGCUGGGGGGCAACGCCUGCACCCUGAUGGUGGCGUGCGUAAGCCCUUCUCACCACAGCUUUGCGGAGAGCCUGAGCGUGCUCAAGUUUGCCUCCAAGUCUCGCCGCAUCCGUCACCGCGCCGAGGUGGCGACGCCGGACCCGGACUCCGAGGAGACCUUUACCGCCAUGCUGACUUCACACGAGCCACCUAAAUAUGACGUCAAGUGUCUCAAACCUUCAGAAAGGGAUUCCACACUGGAACAGGAAGUGAUCCAAAAGGAAGUGUCUCCCUACGCGUCGCUGGUGCACCAGGCUGUGGAUCUCCUCGCAGAGGUCUGCGGACCGGACGCGCAAAACGAGGCUUUGACGCGCAAAGUGCACGAGUGGCAGAUGAGGGCGAAGGCCGUCAACCAAUCAUGUCGCAGCGAAGAUGACGGCCGGCCGGCCGAGGGAGACUCGCCCCAUCUGGUCACGAUCGUGCAGCUCAGACAGGACCUCAAGAAGUGCCAGGAGUCUCUGGAGACGGAGACCCAACUCUUGGCGCAAAAAGACGCCAAACUAAAACAGGCGGAGAAAGAAGUGCAGGAACUUUUAUGGAAGCAAAACGUCCUCCAGCAGACUUUUUGUGAAGAGAACCAACAGACGGAGCGACUGGUGGACCAGCAGAUCCUCAUCGACAGGCUUCGCUGCGACCUCAUGGCCAUGCGAGGGCAAACGCCAGGGACCUCCUGCCGGGCUCGGCACAGACCGCACGUCGCCGGCUCGGUCCGACCCAGUUGCGGACACAUGCUGAUCAGUAAGAUUCGGCCCGGUCCGCCCGCCGAGUCCCUGGAGAGGCUGAUGGCAACUUUUAAGAUGAGCAACCAGCGCUUGCAGAGCCAGGAGGAGGCCAAGGACUUCUGCCCUAUGCUGAAGUCUGUGCAAGGGCAUGAGAAGGACGACUUUCUCACUGGACUCGGAUGGACCAGCAGGCAGAAGAAAUCUGCCCUGAGAGAGAAGAACUUUGGAGAGGACCGAGCAUCAAAGGAAAGACCUCAGCAGGCCACUUGGAUCAAGCGACAAGCUGCCGAGCGCAGUCGCGGGGUGGACGCCAGGCAGCGGGCCGGCCUGACCCAAAGGAGGCUCCAGAUGCUGUCGGCCAACAUGUGCUUGAAAGAGGAGCUCGUCAAAGAGAUAGAAAAAAAUGAGGAGGAGAUCCUGGCGGCGGUCCGGCGCGAGGCGGGCGAGCGGCGGGAGGACGGCGCGCUGGCGUGGCUGUCGGAGCAGAGCCGGUGCGCCCGCCUGGCGCUGCGUCAAAGCCUGCAGCACAUGGAGGCGCUGAGGGCCCGGCUGCAGCAGAGCCUCAGGAGGCCCAGCCCGGACAGCAGCGACAACUCCGCCGAGUCGGAGGCUGACAGGUUGGACAGCGUUCUCGAAAGCAGAAACAAGCCGAGGCUGAAGGAAAUGGUGUCCGAGGCUUGUUGGCUGGAGGAGGCCGAGGAGCUGGAGCUGCACAGGAGAGCCGCGCAGCAGGAGCUGGACGAGGAGUUGCGCAAGAGCGAGGAGGUGCGCCGGCGCAGGGACGCCUGCUUGCAGCGCAGGAGCGCGCUGGAGACCGAGAGGCUGCGCUCCAGUCAGGUUCUGAGUCAGGACCUGCUGCGCGUGUCGAUGCGCUUGGAAACGGUGGAGGAGAAGAUGGCGAGCGGCACCAAGCAGGCGUCCGUGUCGGACCUGGAGAAGGAACGAGAGAUGCUGAGAAAGAGGAGAGACUGCCUGGAUGCACAGCUGAAGGACAGCACCGUGCACACUGUGGAGGAGGAGCAGCUGGAAGAAGCCGUGCAGGUCCUGGAAGCGGAGCUGGACUUCAAGCAGCGAUCCAUACAGGACAAGCAGGAGGAUGCGCGGAGCUUAGCGCCGCGCAGCAGCGGCAGCGCCGAGCCCCGAGUUGAUGUCGUCGCCAAGCUCGGCGCGCUCUCGCCAGCCCGAGCGUCGGAGCUGCUCCUCAAAUACUUCAGCAGAGUGGUGGACCUUCGCCAGACGCAAGCGUCUUUGCGUUUGUAUUGCGACGAGCUGGAGAUUUACUGCGCCGAGCAGGAGGCGGCGCGGGGCGAGCUGGAGGCGGCCGUGCACAACUUGGCCCUGGACGCCGACCGCAGGCUCACCCAGCAGCAGCAGGAACACCACAGGAACAUCGGCCUGCUCGUCAGCAAACUCAAAGAUGGCAACUCAUCAGAACAAGCCCAGCAGGUGAUGAAGGAGCGUUUGCAGAACCUGGAGAAGGAGUUGUUCUUCUACAAGCACUACAGCCGCAAGCUGAGGAAGCAGCUCAGGGAGUCCCAGUGCACCCAGCAGACCCCCCCGGAGCCGAACGCGUCCAAUGACGCCAAAAGGUGCUCGCGCCAGCAGAGCCCCUCCUCGUCUUCGUCGUCGGCCGAGAACGCCCGGACGCCCGCCGAGCGCCAGAUCGGCGCCGUGGCCCGUUGCCACGGCUACAGCGAGCGUCGGCCCCCUCCCCCCCACGGGAUGCGGGCCACGCUCGGCCUGCGCCGCAGGAGGCUGAGGGAGCUGGCGGGGCCGGCGCGGGACACGGUGGCCGACACCGGCAUCGAGAUGCUGUCGGACGACUCGCUGGAGGCGUCCACCGGAAGCGAAACGCCCGACUUUGCGGCCGUGUGAGGUCAGUGCGCCUCGACUCACAUUUUUGCCCUUUUAUUCCGUCAGCAAAACAACAAAACAUUCAUUUGUCUUGCCGGAUUUACUGUCAAAUAGUAUCAAUGAAUGUUAGGGUCACGUGAAAUAGUGCGUUAAAAACAUUUUCAUUUUCGAUGCAAUAUUUCAAUGAAAUGUGGCAUAGUUUUAGUUUAGAUUUUUGUGUGUUUAAUUAGUAAUACACACGGUCAGUACCAGAACAAAAAUCUUGCAAUUUUGCAGAAAAAUUUGUAAGCUUUAGAAAAUUGUAAGCCACAAAAAAAAAGUUGUGGAAAAAAAAAAAAAAAAUUCUCAUUACACCUUUUUUUUGCAAGACUUUUUUAGUACUGGAAAAAAUAAAUCCGGUUUCAUUUUCCUAAUACUAUUAUAAAUAUUGUUUUGUUUUUCAAAAAAUGCGAAUGACAAAAUAUAAUUGAGUUUGGAACACAUUGCUAACUAGUUGAAAUUUAAAAUCUUACUCAUCCAACAAUAAUAAUGUUCUUCCACAAAGGUGAAUUUGUCAAUUUAUAUUUAUGAUACAAAAAAACUUCCCUUGUAUUGUUUGAUUUCAUCUUACGAGUGUUUGCAAUUAUUGUGAUGUUCACUCUUAGGAGUCAACUUAUUGAAUAGCUUUGUAAUUCUUAUGCAUAUCAAUCAAUAAAAGAUUUCCGGGCACGA